ACAUAGUUGAGGGGGUACAAUUGAAAUCUCGUUUUGAUUGAAUCAACGACGGAUGUAAAUCGAAGAAGAGCGACCAGGACUGCAACCGUGACGAGCACUCGUCUCUUCUCCUCCGUACCGGACAUGGCUGAGACGCUCUGGAUCCCGAGGCUUCUUCUCAUCACUCUCGUCGUCCUCAUCCCCUUCCGAGUUCACUCUCAGUGCGAGUUCAGAUUUAGUCGACGCAACAAGGUCUUUGAUUUCAAUUUAGCAUCUUCGAUUAAGAAUCACCCUCACGGUGCUCUCAGCGAAGAUGGGUUUUAUAGAGUGGAAGCGAACAGUACCGUGCUAUGGUUUCAGCUUUGUGACAUGCUUAUUUUCAAUCAUGAUUCUCCUCGAUGUGUUGGUUGCCAAGAUUGUGGAGGUCCGUCACACUGUGGAACAUCGUGUAGUGCACUCCUCUCAGAAAAUGUAAGAGGAUAUGACGUAUGCAGUUCCCUUGGGCAUCCCUCAAGCUCAAAAGUUGAUAUUAUUGAUAAAGAAGAUCCUGGCAAAGGCGUCAUUGUUAAGAUGUUAGGUGGAAGUGGUAACCCAAAUUGCUCACUUUCCGUUUCUGUUAUCUGCCAGAAAUAUAAAGUUGACGGACCACUCACUCUAACGAAAUCUGGUGUCUGUCAUUAUGCUACGGAGAUGCGACAUCCUUCUGGUUGUGCAGUAGCUAUAUCUGGCCAUGGUAGUGGAUGGGGCUGGUUUGGUACCUUACUAAUCAUCAUCUUAUGUUUAUUUGGAGCUUAUCUGCUGGGUGGUUCCUUAUAUCGGUAUUUCUCCCUUGGAAUUCGUGGCAUAGAAGUAAUCCCAAAUUCUGAUUUCUGGGUCACUGUACCUCACAGAAUACAGAGCUGUUUUGGUUCACUAUUUCAGAGAUUUGGGGGUUCAAGUCAUGGCCACCAACAAGCCUCCUAUUCGCGGGUCAACUAGUGAGCAGUCACCUGAGUCCUCUAUGACACAACAAAUCUUCGAAGUUGUUUGCAUUGGAUCUCUUAAGAAACAGAAGAAUCUUUGUUUGUUUGUUUUGAUAUGCUAACUGAUCAAAUGGUAAAUUUUUUUUUGUUAA